UUCCGCUAGAAGCCAAUUUAAAACAAGAGGAAGAUUGUGUAUUUUUACAUAAGUUAACCUCUCCUUAAUGAUCAUGGCACUGAAGAUGCUGACAGCUGCCAGUUGCUUUGUGAAGGCCAUGUUGCGACCUUCUACUCUCUGCCAUUCUUGGGAGAUUUUAUUUGGCCGUGAGACCUCACUGAGGAGCUUCUCUUUUAAACACGGUAUUCCUCCAUCAGCCAAGUAUGGUGGGCGACACACUGUGACUAUGAUUCCUGGGGACGGCAUCGGGCCUGAACUUAUGCUGCAUGUUAAGACUGUACAUGCAUGUGUGCCUGUGGACUUCGAGGAGGUGAUAGUUAACUCCACUUCUGGUGAAGAGGACGUUCACAAUGCCAUCAUGGCAGUCCGUCGAAACUGCGUGGCCUUGAAGGGCAACAUCGAAACUGACCACAACCUGCCACCGUCUCACAAAUCCCGCAACAAUAUGUUUCGCACCACGCUGGAUCUCUAUGCCAACGUUAUCCAUUUUAAGAGUCUGCCAGGAGUGGAGACAAGGCACAAGGAUGUUGACAUCUUAGUUGUUCGGGAAAACACAGAGGGUGAAUACAGCAACCUGGAGCAUGAGAGUGUGAAAGGAGUGAUCGAGAGCCUGAAGAUCAUUACCAAGGCCAAGUCUUUGCGCAUUGCUGAAUAUGCCUUCCAAUUGGCCCAGGAGAUGGGGCGCAAGAGAGUGACAGUUGUGCAUAAGGCCAACAUCAUGAAACUGGGAGAUGGUCUCUUCCUACAGUGUUGCAGAGAGGUGGCCUCCUGCUAUCCUCAGCUCACUUUCGAAGGCAUGAUUGUGGAUAACACCACCAUGCAGCUGGUAUCUCGGCCCCAGCAAUUCGAUGUAAUGGUGAUGCCCAAUCUUUAUGGCAACAUAGUCAACAACAUCUGUACAGGGUUGGUUGGGGGAGCAGACCUCGUGCCUGGUGCAAACUAUGGCCAUACGUACGCAGUGUUUGAAACAGCCUCAAGGCAAUCAGGCAAGAAUUUAGCCAAUAAGAAUAUGGCCAACCCUACUGCCAUGCUUCUGGCAAGCUGCAUUUUGCUGGAUUACCUCAAGCUCCACUCCUAUGCCACCUCCAUUCGCAAUGCAGUCUUGGCGUCCAUGGAGAACAAAGAUGUCCAUACUCCAGACAUCGGAGGUCAGGGUACCACAUCAGAUAUCAUUCAGAAUAUCACAAAUCACAUCAGUACUGUCAAUUAAAUGGUUAUGCCUUGCAGGCUGAACUACAUCCAAGUCCUUCUCACUCUUCACCUUACUCUUCUCACUUAGAAACCCUAGCCUGCUUGGCUAGUGUGGACUCUGGAAUAAACUGGCUCCUGCUCCAACUCAGAAGAGGCAGGGGAAGCAAAUCAAAGCUGAUUUUUUCUGUUAAAUUAAAAUGCCAUAAAUGCCAUAAGCAUUGCUUAUUUAAAUUAGCCAAACCUAUUGUGUUGUAUACAUAUUGAGGAAUUCUUAUCUGUUUUAAUUCACAAUUCACACUUCUCUAUGAUACGAUACACUAAGUAAAUCAGAGCUGUUUGUAGAGUCCCAGGGCUUUCACAGAACCUAGAACGCUCAUUUUUCUCUUUAUCUGGGUCAUUAAAAUUCAGCAAACCAGCCUGUAGAGAAGUCUGGCUUCUCUCUAGAGGUUGUUAAUGAGUUAAUUAGUGCAAUAAAAUUUGCCUACAAAAUAUACAUUGUAACCUUAGUAAUAAAUAAGGACCGUAAAGCUGAGCUAGUACAGAAUGCUUCCACUCCCUCCUAGAUCUCUCAUCUUUUCCAUGGUCGUGUUUAUGUUCCUAAGGAAUUUUCACUGUGUAAUUUUUCACACAUGGACAUCCCUGAGUACUUGAGCUCUCCUGGAAAGCGCAUUCUUGGAUUCCUUCUAGUUGGACUCAAGAGUCUAGAGGUCAACUCCCCAGUGAAGAGGCACAUGGCCCGUAAUUCUUCACUGUACAAAUGUAACCAUGCACUGUAACUCCAUGUUUACUGCUUCAUAGUCUGUGAUGGUUUACUUUCUUUUAAUCUCUUUUUUUUUUUUUUUUUUUUUGAGGAAAGAGUGUGCAAAAGAAAAUGAAAAGCACUGGGCUAAUUUAAAUGUUUGCUGUCAGUUUAUUUGCAGUAUUUUUAAGGCCCUAGUUGGGAAAUACACAAAGAAAAAUGAUCAUUUUAUCAGGGCUCAGAAAUAGUUAUUAUUUAAGUUGGAAAUGAAAAUAAUGGUUAUGAGAACUUUCAGUGGCUUCAUCUGCAAGAAUGGCCUGCAGACAAAAAUAAAAUUGAGAAAAGAGUGAAUAAAGUAUUUUGGAAA